UCGAUUGCGGAAGUAAAGUGCUACUUGCAGUUUCAAUGCUGAAAAUGUUAUGAUAAUGAAAUUACACAUAUUGAAGUUGGUGACAUAAACUACGACGGAUAAUAUUUGGGAAUAAGAUUGAAAUUUCAUUGGUAUUGGUAAAUUCAGUUUGCACCGACAUUAGCGACUAUGGUGAACAGUGAAUCGAUUUUAAGUUUUGAUGAAGUAAUAUAAAAGAAGAGGAAGUAAAUUUUAGACUUAAUGUUCAAGGCCACGAGUCUGAAAAGAUCGGCGUCCAUUUCUUUGUGGCAUUAUGCUUUAGACAUAUGAGUGCCAUCUUUGCUUCACCAUGAGCAUGGAUAAUAUCAUCAAACAGGGGUACCUGAAAAAGGCACACCCGACCUCCCCUUCCUCGACUGGGGCCAGUUUUGCCACCAGUAUCAAACAGUUGUUUGAACCCCAAAGAUGGUAUGUGUUUGGAAUGAAGAUGGGGAUUCCGUAUCUGGAAUACUACGACAAAGAGGAGAGCGCCUUUUCAGGGGAGCCAAUCCAUUCCUUCUGCAUGGCCAACUGUAAACGCAUCACUUACACCAUGGGGAGACUUAACAAGGUGUGGACGUUCUGUAUCUUCCUCGAGGACCGAAUCCUGGAACUAACUGCUGAUAACAGAGACAGUAUGCUUUCAUGGUGCAGGAUACUGGAAAGAACUCUACAUGCCUUUGGAAACCUUAGAAAAACCAGCAGUGAACAUGUUUACAGCGCCUACCCUAUAAAACGGCCCCCCAGGAAAAGCCUCCCUGUAACCCCUCCAGACUCUCCGGAACCCCUGGGAGCCGAGGCACUGCCCCCUCUACCCUCAAGUAAUCAGGGUGCUUCCUCCGGGAGCUCGGAGAAGGAGGACAUCUUUGAGAGUCAGUCGAGUCUUAUGGACACUCUACGCAAUUCAGGUAAUUUACAGAACGCUUCAGCUGGACUGAGAGAGUCUCUGAUCUUUGCCAAUCAGAACUCAUCCACGUCGGAUGAGGAUGUGUGUAACUCUUUUCCGGAAGACGGAGUAUGUAGGUCGAUUCCGGAUGACAUGGGAACAGAGGGAGACAUCGAUAGCGACCCGGAGUAUAGCGAAGCCGCCUGGAUCAUAGAUGAUCAUCACCAUUUGAAACAACCCCACAAAGGAAAACCUAGACAUAUGCGAUACCAUGGCGACUCGGAGUCGAGUGCUAGUGAACCGGAUACCACAGGUGAUGAAGACUUCGUGGCAGAGGACUUUUUUGUAAGUAAUAAAAAACUCGAGAAAUCCCCAGCAGUACAGCGUCGAUUCCGCGAUGACCUUGGAAUUCGAAGAAGUCCCACCCCACAACCAGUGCGCCCUGUUUCCAUGAUCAAUUACCCUGCAUCGUUCAACAUCUACGAAAACUACAAUCCCGACAAACCUUUGGAUUUGGGGUUGAAUUUAUUGUCCAUUCCACAUCCGAGAAAGAACAGUAAAAAGGAAAGCCAUAACCAGGAAAACCUCAAGAGAUCGGAUCAGUAUAGUGUUGUCAGAAGGCCUCGGAUGUGUAGCGGUGAUCAUCCGACAACCCCUACCAAUCCAGAUAUGGACGACGAUAACUAUGAUGUAGCGAAAUUCCCAUUGGAUGAGGACCUAUUACUUGAAAAUAACCCGUAUUUAGCCAUGGCUGAUUCUGAUAAGAACAGAACUUUAACCAAAGAGCCCAUUGACUUGAAAAGUCUUGAUGAUGGCUACCAAGCUAUCAGAUCUGAUGCUAGCGAUCCAAAUUCGUUCGAUUAUGAGGAUAUGUCAUGUGAUACAAAAAAAACUAGAGUAUCUUUGCCGUCAAGUAGUGAUGAAAAGCGACUAAGUGGUAGAAGUGAGGCUAGUUCAACAAACAGGGACAGUGGUAGUGUGUUUGAAGGAUCUCGAAAUUCAUCGUCCAAAGAGGAGAAUUUAUAUGCCCCCUUUCCAGGAGGAUUAGAUUUCAGGAAUUCCGAUGCCAAUAUGGAAAGUGUCCCUAGUUUGCCCCCUCCAAGGCAGAACGGCAGCGAAUCUCCGAAAUGCUCUAGUCCCGAAAAACCGCCGAGGAACAAGAAAGAUUCAAACGUUUUGUCCCCACCGCACUCAAACAGAAACUCCAGAGAAUCCAGGACCCCCGAGGGCCCCAGCCCUAUCCCCCCUCCACUGGAAUCCAUACCAGUAAGGAGAACUUUACAGGAGGUUUUGUCGCAGGAAAAUAUACCGUGCAGGGUACCGCCUAAGCCCGCUGGACAUGCGAGAAGUCUUUCAGAUCUACCCACAAGUAACCCCGAGGACCCUGAUAAAGGCAACUUUUAUUCCGUGCAACCUCUUCCCCCCAAACGAAAAAACAUCCCCCCUCCAACAGAUUACGCAUUUGUGACCCCUAAACCUGAGGAGAGGGGGGAUAUUCCUCAACUUCCCCCUCCCCGGGGUCAGGUACCCCAGAGGAUUGAGGGGAGAGGGGUAAAUUCCCCACCCCAGCAGUCUUUUAAGUUCAAACCAGGUAAAUCUGAACCAACAGCUGCUGCGGACUGCACCGAUGACAGCGAAGAGUACGAAGAUGCUACAGGUAUGAAUGGUCAGCCACCCAAACCCCCUCCCCGCCUGUCGAUGAAGCCAAAUCUGAACAAGUCCAAGAGCUACCACAAUGCUGAAGAGAGAGCCCAGAUUACGCAAGAUGAUCCCCCAGUACGACCAAAAAGUUCUGUGGUCAGACAGCAGUCACUACAGGAGCGACAGCGGAUCAGUCAGACAGUGGGGGUCAUCAAUGUGGUGCCCCUCAAACAGAGCCAGGUGGAGAUCCUACAGCAGGAGCAGCGCCACCCCUCCAUCAAUGUCACCAUCAAUCGACCGACCGGAACAAAGAUCGCGCUGGUUGACUGCUUUGAGAAAGUCUGGGUUGCUGGCUGGGAUAUGAAGACCUGUCCCCGGUUGAAUGACAAAAUACACAUUGGAGACCAAUUGCUAAAAAUCAAUGAUAAAAGAGUUAAAAAUAGUGCAGAUGCUCAGAAAAUGUACAAGAGUGCGGAGGAUUCCGUGAUAUUGACGGUGCAGAGACUGCCGUAUGCUCAGGUGAUAGCAAUACAUCGACAGGAGACCAAACAGCCAAUAGGAAUUCAGAGGGAUGGGGGAACUUCAAAGAUUGUGUACGUAGAUCCUAAUGGAUUGGCAGCAAAGCACGGACUACAGCAGCGAGCGCGCUCAGUGCUGGUGGGCAGCGAGUUCUGUUACUGGUGUCUGACCGAGAUCAACAGCAGACCCCUCGACCUGUCUUUCAAGGGGAAUGAGACAAUGCAGAAAAAUGAAUUGAUUGAACAUUUGUUGAAUGCUGUGGGUAAGGACAUAUCUAUUGUUGUACAACCUGAAGACUUUAUGAAAGAACUGAAGAAACAGUUGAAGAAGCUCAAAAACUACAAAGAUCUGUUAAUGAGGUAUUAGGCCAGAGGAAAUGCGGAUUAAAUCUUUGCAUCACAAUCAAAUGUAGACAUGGUUUAUUUGACAUUAAUUUUACAUAUUGAAUAUGUAAUACUAGUUUGUAUUUAAAAGUUUAUUCCUGCUGGACAUGAAAGUGAUACUUUAUAAAAUCCAUGUAUUCAAAAUGAGGCCAUGAAAUUCAGACUAAAGCAUUUGUGAUUGUACAUCCCAAAAUUUAUAUAAUAGGUAGAAGUAGCAAGGUAUAUUGCACAUCGAAUGAAACUUUAUAGAUAUUAGAGAAAACUAUCAUGUAUAUGUAUAUUAGUAUAGGUUUGCAAUAAAUUUAAUGGAGUUGCACUCAAACGGUUGCACUAAGUUUAGUGCAAAUGUUAAUAUACUUAAAAACAAUUUGUGUGCGAGUACACAGGUCAAGUAAAUCCAAACAAGUUUAUGCAUUCAGUAUUUUUAAAUAAUUUUUAUAUUAAUUUUUUGUUUGUUUGCUUCAUCAAUGCAAUUGGUGCCAAUUAAGUUUAUGUUUGUUUUGAGUGUAGAAAAAUGAUUAGAAGGUAACUAUGUACUGUAAAAUCAUAAGUAUUUACUGGGGAUUAUGAAGUUUUGUGAUUUCACUGUAUAUCUGUUUCAAUUAGGGUAAAGAAUCCUUAUCCUUGAUAAAGUGUCAUCAUACUUGAACAGUUAAACUUCAGGGUAUGUGAUAAUAUUAGACUUGGGUUUCUGUAAUGGCAUAAUUUCAGUGCAAAAUAUGUACCAAGUUCUUGCCAUAAUUAAAGGACAGGGGUACAUACACAAAAUUUACCGGUAUUUCCUAUGCAAAUUAGAGAUAAAGUUUUUUCAAAACUCUAAGCAACCCAAGUGAGACUAAUUUAAGACUUGUACAUGUACCAUAAUUUAUAUGGUUCUACCCAAUUUUCCAAAAAUGUCAGUAAUUAUUUUUAGUUACUGAAGAUUCCUUAUAUUACACGAGUACUUAAUUCCGCGAUUCAAUGCUUUUCUAUCAAAUUGCUAGAACAUAAAAUUGUGAAUGCGGAAAUUUUAUCAUAGUUACAUGUAGUUUAUAUAUGCCCAAAAAUUAAAAGCGAGAUUUUAAAAUUUGCGACACGGGCUUCUCGCGAUUUUACACGGAUAUUAAUUCCUUGGGUUUAAUUACGAAUUAACAUUAUAUUACUUUUGUUCCUGUCUCAAAAUGUGUUGAAUUUAAGAACCUUUUUUCUGUGAAUCAAUUACAAAUUAGUAAUAAUGAUUUCCUAAAACUGUAUUAGGGAGCCACAAAUACCAAUAUUUAUAACCCCCUUUCCCAUAUCACAAACAUUUUAACCCAUGAAAAUGAAUGAUUUUACAGUAUUAAGUAGAACUUGUCAUGUGUUGUCAUAGCAUUUUUUAAAAAGGAAUGUAGAUCUACAAAAAAAACCCAAACUGUUGCCAUAGUGAUACUGAUUUUUCACCUUACAAAUACUUGCAGUUUUUGUUGCUAUUGCAUGGUGCUAGAAUAUUAGACCGUCAUCCAGUGUGCUUUUUCCAUGUUGUUACAUAUGAUGCAUAUAAAGUGCUUGAGUUAUUCCCGUACUGUAGGCAAUCUAUGGAACAUCAAAUCCACUUACCCGUUUUAUGACAUAUUGCCCAAUUUUUUUUUUCAUGUGUAGAAAAAAUAUACUUUUUUAUCCUUUAGAAUAAUAAUAAAUUAUAUGUAUAUGUGUGUAUGUACAACGCAAGAAAUCAUAUAAUUAUAAACAACUGCUGAGGCCUGAGUAAUUACAUUUUCUACAUUUGUACUAGCUAACAAAGGUCUGCUAAUCCUCACUGAUAAAUUUCAAUAUUUUGUUUCUACAAAUUUGUACCAUUUAUUUAGUUGUUUUUUUUUUUAUCUUAAUACUUAAUACAUAGAUUGAAUGAAAAAGAAAAAAAAUUAUUAUGGUGUGCAGGCAGUUAUUUUAAAUGAAGACUAGUAUUUUUGCAUACUAUAUGAGCUGUAAUGGGCCGGAAAAUGUAAAAUAUAUGAAAACCAGAGAUAUGUGUAAAUUUUAGAGUUUCAUCAGUAAAAUUUAAAUGGAUAUUAGAUUUUUAAUGUGACUUGAAUUGGAUCAUUCUGUUACAUAUAUUUCUGUUAAUUUUUUUUAUUUUCAUCAUAAAUGAUGAGAUAUUUUUUUCGAUCAAUACAUGUAUAACUAUUGUUUAAAGGGGAAAAAAAGAAUUUUCUUACAAAUUUUUUUUAUAAACUAAAUUAAGAUACAAAAUUUUGAUAUACACACACGAUUUCAAAUGCAUGUACUUGUAAAUUUAUAAUAAUUACCUUGUUGUAACUAUAGUUCUGUUAAAAUUGUUUUGACGCAAUUUUUUGAAGAGUCAUUUACCAGAAUUUUUGAAUGCCAUAAGAUGUGUCUCCCUCAACAUGAUAUAAUUUAUUUUAUCAUUAACUUUUUCAGCUUGCUUGGAUUAAAAAAAUUGUGCUUAUUAAUUGUUCACUGCAGAUUCAUUACAUAAGAGAGAUAACUUGUACAUGUACUAUUGAAGCAAAAUGUUGUUUUUUAUAACAAUUCUUUGACUCAAAGUUGUCAGUAAAAAAAAAAAAUUGUAUUUUACAUUAAUACAUUAUUUUUUAUAUACUUCUAAUUAUAAACUUGUUAGAAUUUCAUUAAUGAAUAAAAAACCAAACCAUGCAUGAGAAUAUUUAAAAAAAAUUAAAGAAUAGCACUUUAACAAUAUUUAAGUUGUGCAAAUAUUUUUUAUUCCAAAAUAAAAGCUUCUUUUUUUCAAAAUUAAAUUUAAUACAGUGUCUUUAUUUCAUAUACUUAGUAUAUACAUAGUAAUGUAAAAAGAUGUUCUGGGGAUUGAAUUUUUGGCAUUCGAUAUGUAAAAAAUUUCACCCCUCAGAAAAUAUUCAGACACAAAGUUUUUCAGCAAUAGUUUAUUAAAUUUUUGUAAUUGCCAAUGAUUCUUCAUUACAAAAUUUUAUAAAAUGAAUUAUUUAUCAGUAUUCUCAUAUUUGCAUAAUAAUA